CAACUACACAUGACGACAAUCCUCAAAUACAUUCAAAAAUUGACACUAUAAAGACAAGAGGGCUUAUAAAGAGGAAGUGGGCCAAUGGGAACAUGACAUGAAACAAGAUACAAACAUGGCAAUUACUGAUAUCAAAAUAAAAGACAUGCACCUGAAACUUCAAAAUAAAAGACAUGAACACAUGACGAAAACCCUGACAGAUUCGAACCCAUGACCUUUGUGCUUUACAAACUGAGCAACAGGAACAUAAAUUGCAAAUUUGACUUGUGUUAUGUUAGAUGAUGUGACAUCCAAACAUAUUCAAUGGAAAAAUGGAUGAUGGGAUUUUUAGGGACUUGACUGGCUUGUCCUUUGCAUAAUUAUGUCAAAUAAAACAUUAAAAUAUUUUUUAGAUGUGGGGAAAAGUUACAGUUUUGUUUAAAGAUUAAGAAAGAUGUUAACAACAUUCACUCCCUAUUUGCUCACAAAAUGACGAGAUAUAUACAGUAGUAGUAGAGGAGCAAUUUUGAUUUGAUUUAGAUAUUUAAAAUAUUUAAUACUUAAGAUUACAGUACAUCUGUUCUACUCAACAUUUAAGAGCAGAUAAUCAUUUAGAUAGAUAACAAAGAUCAAACUCUAUCCCUCGAAGCUUCUCAGCUGUCUCUCUAUCAUCUGUCGUCUAUAUUUACCAACAGUCCACAACAGUAACACAUAUCACUUACUGAACACAUUUACACUCAUGCACGGAGCUCUACGUGGACACCAGUUGAAAAUCAAGGAGACACUACAGUACAAUGAACUCGCACAAAGUUGAGGAACAGGAUGCUGGAUAUGAGACUCCGCCCAUGUGUGAUCUUCUGACCCUACUGUUGAAGAACCGACGUCCAUCUACUCCCUGUGAUGAAGUUUGGCCCGACAUCUUCAUCAGUAAUGCGUCAACAGCGAGAGAUACGAGUCUGCUGAACGCAUUAAACAUCUCACACAUCAUCAACGCUGCACACGGACCUUCUCACAUCGAUACUGGAGCAGAUUUCUACUCUCAUACAAACAUACAGUACUAUGGUGUGGAGGCUCCAGACAGAAAAGACUUUGAUAUGACUCCAUUUUUCCACCCUACAGCCGGUUUCAUUCAUAACGCUUUGUACCAGCAAAAAGGGAAGGUUCUGGUUCAUUGUGCUCGAGGCGUCAGUCGUUCAGCAGCACUAGUGCUAUCAUAUCUGAUGAUUUAUGAAAGAUUGACUAUAUCUGAAGCCAUAAAGAUCGUUUCUGCACAUCGAAACAUUUUACCCAAUCCUGGAUUUCUUCAGCAACUCCGUCAGCUGGACUCCACCCUCGCCAUGCAGAGAAACACACAACAUACAGACAAUACAAACAUGAGUCAAGACAAAUAAACAACAGACUAAAACUUUCUUCAUGGUUAAACUUUUCAUACUGAACAAUUUAAACUUUAUGCUUUUAAUAAUGAAGGGAAUCAUUUAAACUUUUA